AGUCUCCUAUUUCAUCAAGACAAGUACACUGAUUCACAAUCAAUACAUUUAUUUGGGCCUUUUGCUGAUAUAUUGGUGAAUUUCGCAUGCAAUGAUACCAGUUUUUGCCAUAAAAGUUACGCGUAACAAUAAUUGGAGACACAAAAUCAGCUGUCGUCACUUAGACUAAAAAUCAUGCAUUCCGACUUGACUGCGGCCAAUUUAGUCACCGCUUUAAAUGGCCAUUUUAAGGCCUUUACCCCCAUCCGAAUGCACUGAAAUUGCAUAUUCAUUGUGGAAAUAGUUGAAAUCUCAUGUGGAGAAAGUUUGAAAAAGAUGGGACAAAGUUGAGUUCCCUUAAAGGUUACAUUACACUAAAUCAUUGUGUAUCCCUCCGUGGUCCAUUCGAAAGUAGUGCCUAUUUCUAAAGAGUUCCUUUUCUCUUCUUGAAUAUAAGCCAUUUAACAAUGUGAGACAUGUCUUUUGUGGUUAUUUGUAAUAUCCUGUAUGUGUCUUGAGUACUUUGAUGCCUUGGAUUGGAAGCUAACUUAAAAGAUGAACUUUUGAGGGUGUGUUUUCUAUUGUGUGGGGCUUUUGUCGAAAUUAGGAUUCCGAAACGCGUUUUUCUACGGUGGGUUCAUUCGACAGCGAUUUACUUUCUUAGAAGUUGCGAGACGGUAUGUUUUUGAUUGCAAUUAUUGGAAGAUGACAGAUCCAUCUUUAAAAUGAUACCAGGUUCGGAAAAAUUGAUACGUCGGAAAGGCAAGAAAAAUGCUGUUAAAGUUGUCAGUUUUAUAAUGGGACCCUAUGGGAAUCGGAAUUAGUGUAAUAUAACCUUUAAAAAGCACAUUUACUGCAAUGUCAAGGUCACAUGGAUUCGUCUGCAAGCGAGACAAGUAGAAAUGAAUUUUAAUGAAUGUUUUGAUGAUUUGGGUGCUAAAAUAGAUGAGAGAUGUCAAUAUUUUGGUCCAAAUGGAUGUUUUUGGUGGUUUUGGACUCUUCUGGAUGGGUGGGGGACCUGGUAUGGACAAGCCUGACCGUUUGUCCUUGAGCCGUAGAUGGUCAACAAUCCGCUAGCUGUCUUGCUCUGACUGGUGCACUGGACAUGAUUUCAAUAACGCGGCCAUUUGGAUGACGUCACACGCAAGCGCUCCGAGUAUUUCGAUGAAGUGACAUAACUACGCUUAUAAACAAAAACAAAUAAAAACAAAAUAAGGAAAAAACAGGCUUAUCUAAAACGACUUUUGUAAAAUGGGCACAGUGUGACAAUAGAGCCUGCAACCACUGGGUACACCUGUCAGUUUGUACAGAAAUUAAAGUCAUCAGAAGAGGUGCAACAUUUAUGUGCCCAAUGCCCAUGCUGUGAUAAAGAAGAGUGAAAAUUGUUCUUAAGAAAAGUGAAAGAAACUUGUUCAAUUGUAUUUAUAAAAUAUUGAAAACAUAUUUAAUAUAUAUUUACUGUUUUAGUUCGUGUUGAAAUUGUUCAGAGAAGCGAAGUUUUAAGUUAAGUUGGCCUAAUCCAUUACCAAUAGAGUGCUGUCCCUUUCCUGGAUGUGACGUAUCGACUUAAGAGUUAGCCAGACCAUGAUUGAGCUUAAGGAUUGUGCUGCGGAUGCAGCCUGUGCAGUUCCGGGAGAAAGUCACUGUCUUGGGCAAUGCGGUCUGGUAUCAGGUCUGGAUGAUCAUUGCCUGACUGCGGGUUUGUGUACACCUCAAUCCGACUCUGUGUCCUGAACAGAGGCCGCAGUGGUGCAGCGCUUGUGGACGUUCCAUCAACAUCCUGAAAGGUCAACACUACACCAAGCUGGGAAAAUUGAUCCUGAUAGUCAUCCCCAGGCCUGACCGUUUGUCCUUGAGCCGUAGAUGGUCAACAAUCCGCUAGCUGUCUUGCUCUGACUGGUGCACUGGACAUGAUUUCAAUGUCAAUGCAAGUACAAUGCCGGCCCAUGGGGAGAGUGCAAUGCGGACACGAAUACUCAACAGCGCGAGCGUUCACUGAAGCGUGGUGGAGGCGAUUGUCCACCCGUUCAGGUCCAGGAACGGCCAUGUCGUGGACAGAGAGGCACCUGUAAAUAUAAGCGUGGGACCUGGAGCAUCUGUGAUCCAGUGUCAAACAAAAAGACGAUGUUGAUGACACUGAAAACUGGUGGAUCACAGUGCCCACAGACUAAAACUAGAGAGAAAGAUUGUAAACGUCAAAAGAAGUCAUCAAAAGGAUGUGUAUACAAGAAAGGCAGGUGGGGGGAGUGUGACCAGACCACGAAUGUCAAAGUCAUGGUCAAGACAUUGAAGAGAGGGGAUCCAAACACAUGCCAACCCACCAUGACUGUUGAGAAAAUCUGCAAACGCAAACAUCAAGGCCUUAAAAGUAAUUGCAAGUACAUAAAAGCAAGUAAAUGGGGAAAGUGUGACCCAAAAACAGGUCUCAAGUCCCGAGAAAUGGUCCUGAAGAAAGGUCGUUGCCAGCCGAGAAUUAAUGAGACCAGACCCUGUGGAAAUAAAAAGAAAAAGAAAGAAGAAAAUCAGAAUGGUUGCAAGUAUGAUAAGAGUGCAUGGAGACCUUGCGAGGCGGCGUCCAACACAGUGUCACGCACACUGACCUUGAUAGAGGGCGAUCCUAGCGUAUGUAACGCCACAAAAGUUCAAACAAAGAAGUGCAAAGAUCGACAUCUACGUCCACAUUUGUGCAAGUACCGUCGCACAAGCUGGGGUGAGUGUGACGUAACAACAAACAUGCGACAGAUGGUGAAAACUCUUAAAAGAGGUGACCCAGCAAAGUGUGAACCUACACAAACGAUUGAGAAGAAAUGCAAAUCUAAGAAAAACAAUGUUAAUGUAUGUCAGUACAAGAUGGAACCAUGGUCAGGAUGUGAUCUUACAACAAACACGAUCACUCGUCGUCAGGUCUUGACAAGUGGUCCUGCAACAUGCUUGCCAGUGAAACAAUAUUCUAGGAAUUGUAAAAAACAGUGUCGGUUUGAGAGCGGGGAAUGGUCAGCAUGUGACAAGGAGACUUACCAGACCACCAGAGUGGACAGACUCCGGCCUGGCUCUCUGGCCACAUGUCCUAGCGCCCGCGUGCUGUCCAAGAAAUGUGGCAAGGGUGAAAAAAAGUGUGUGUACGGGACAGGGACCUGGUCAGAGUGUGACACAACAGAGAACCCAAUGCGUACCCGUACACAGAUCCUGAUAUCUGGUGGGUCCAACUGCAAACAAGAGAAGAUAACCAAGAAAUCGUGCAAGAAGAAAAACGGACAAGUGCGUUGUUUCUACGGCCCGUGGGGUGAGUUUGAUGCUUGUAAGAACGGUGUACAGAAGAAGAUCCGUCAUGUUAUACAAGGAGGUCUCGAGUGUGAACUGAAGUCUGUGAAAAUGAAGGCUUGCUAAUGGAUCUUGUACAUUUGUAUGUAAUCUGUGCUCUGGAAAAACAGGGCUUAAUGCAUGUGUGUAAAGUGUCGUCUCAGAUUAGCCUGUGCAGUCCACAGAUGACACUUUUGGCAUUUACGCAAGUCUCUUCUUAACCAAAAUCUUGCUAGAGUUGUUUGUUAUUGUUGUUUUUUUUUAAAUGUGACAGUAAUUUUUCUUAAGUUUCUUAUAUCCUAUUAAUCUUCUAACACCAAAACUAGCAAUAGUUAAUUAUCUUAUCAAUUUGGGUAUACUUUAUGUAGCCAGCUCUUUUUUUAGAAUUAGAAUCUAUAUAAAGAUCAAGUUAAAUUCACUACAUGUUAUUCAGCAACAUUCUGGAGGCUUCGUAUGCUUGUCAACUGUAUGCUUCGUAUGCUUGUCAACUGAAUACAAAUGAGACACAGGUUAAUCAGGAACGAUACUUCACAGGCCUUGAAUAAAAGUGGAAUGUGUAGUCCCUGAUAAGCCUUUGCAGACUGCACAGGCUUAUCUGAGAUGACACAGGCUUAUCUGAGAUGACACAGGUUUAUCUGAGAUGACACAGGCUUAUCUGAGAUGACACAGGCUUAUCUGAGAUGACACAGGCUUAUCUGAGAUGACACAGGCUUAUCUGAGAUGACACAGGCUUAUCUGAGAUGACACAGGCUUAUCUGAGAUGACACAGGCUUAUCUGAGAUGACACAGGCUUAUCUGAGAUGACACAGGCUUAUCUGAGAUGACACAGGCUUAUCUGAGAUGACACAGGCUUAUCUGAGAUGACACAGGCUUAUCUGAGAUGACACAGGCUUAUCUGAGAUGACACUUUACGCAAAUGCAUUUAACUCCAUUUUCUGGGAUUGAGGCCAAAAUCGUUGGAUAUUUUUAUUGUCUGUGCCCAAAUACUUUCAAAUUUGCUGUUCAAAAUCAUGCCAUAAUGUAUACUGCUUGAUAAUUGUAUAUUAACAAUUGAUCAACUGUGGUUAUGGAAUUUAUACAUUAUUUUAAUCAAUUGUUGUAGUUGUUUUUAUUUACUGAUUUAUCAAUUGAAGAUACAACUAUUCUUAGUCAUUUUAACCUCAAAUGUUGCUGUGUUUCUCUGUCAUUAUAAUACAAUAAAACAUACAGUUUGCUAUACAGGUCCUAAUGUUACAUUCUAAUGACUUUGUAAUGAUCUUUAUUUUGAAAAAGAUACGUUUUGAAUUUACAUUUAGUACUGAAUUAACAAUUAUUUACUAAUAUUGAUGGUUAUUUAUGUAUCAAUUGUAUUAUUACCCUGACUAUUUGCCACUCUUGUUACAUAUGUUGUCUUUAUUAUAAAAUUGUCCUUCUCUUCAACAAUACAUUGUGAUGUCUCAUCCAGUUCAAUUUAUUUACAUACUUUUGUAAUAUUAAUAUUUCAUAUUUUGUUGAAGUAUUUACUUUUAUUGCUCCUUUACAUUAUAGUAAAAUUGUUUAAUUUUUGUUUAUGUAUGUAUACAUAAAGCAUACCCAUGAUGUUUGAGGUCAUAAGACAAAAAUGCAUGAUUUGAUACUUAUAAUAGCUGUAUUAGUGAUAUUUUGUAUGUUUAUCUAUUUAUUUUUAUUUUUUAAUUUAGUGAUUUUUUAAAUAAAUAUAUUUUAUAAGAGAAGUCAUAAAUAGCUAGUUUGUGUUUAACAUAUUUGCAAAUUGGUAUUACAAGAAAUGUCACAGUGAAAAAGAAAGUUACUGAUGUUAUAUUCUCUAUUCGAUUCAAAAUGCAUAGUAUGCAAUAUGGUUGCAAUAUUUCUGUUCAAGAAAUGUCAAGUGGUUUACAAAAUUAUGUUGGCAUUGUUAGAUUACCAGUAAGUUCAUUGUAUACAUAUAUUCAAUUUAAAUAAGUAGAUGUAUAGUGCCAUUUUUAAAUCCAGUCUUUGAUCUCAGAUAUAGGUAUAAUUAUACGAUGUUAUGUUCGCUAUACUAUUUUAGCGUUCUCUAAAAAUUACUAUAAAAAAUAUAGGCAAGAAAAUGUACAGAUUUAUAAAAUAAUUUUCUUUUGUGUGUCUUCAUGUUCAUGUUUCUGUACUAACAAUUAUGACAGUGUUUUUUAUAAAAAUUUUUUUUUGGAGAAAUACUUUUAUCUAAUGAAUUCAGUCUUAUUGAUUAGGUAACAACCCAUCAUAAAAUCUUCAAUUUUGUAAAAUCUUUACUUUAUAAUCAUGCUUAUAAUAUUGUUAAGAACAAUAUAUUUAAAAGUGACAUUAUACAAAAUUAUGGAUUAAAUAUAAAAUCCAGUGAUGAAGUGGCAAACCAAUGAUUUUUUUUUCAUCAUAUGUCUGACGUGUGGCAUUGUGUGUUUUCCGGCCGUGAAUUUUUAGCUCUUUAGCAUUUUAGAAGCAACAUUUGUCAUCCAAUCUUGAUGAAACUAGGUCAGAAUUUAUAUCUUGGCAUUAUUUAGGUAGCAUCCCAUGAAUCUAAAAUAAGGUCGUCAGGUUAAAUCUUAUUAUGACUAAAUCUUGAUGAAACAUUUCAGAAUGUUUUAUCUUUAGAAUAUCUAGGCCGAGUUUGAAAUUGGGUCAUGUUUGUGUCUGGCAUCUGUUGUCGAGUGUUGGGUAUUGCCUGUCAUAAACUUGUAGAGCUUUAGCAUUUUAGAGGCCACAUUUUUCGUCUAAUCUUGACGAAAAUCGGUCAGAAUUGUAAUCUGGACAAUACAUAGGUCGCAUUUGAAUCUGGGCCAUUUUUGUCCAAAAACACGGUCUAGAAGCCACAAUAUGUCUCAAUUUAAAUGAAACAUUGUCAAAAUGUUUUUCUUGACAAUAUCUAGACAGAGUUUGAAGACAAAAUCUAGACAGUAUCUAGACAGAGUUUGAAGACAAUAUCUAGACAGAGUUUGAAGACAAUAUCUAGACAGAGUUUGAAGACAAUAUCUAGACAGAGUUUGAAGACAAUAUCUAAACAGAGUUUGAAGACAAUAUCUAGACAGAGUUUGAAGACAAUAUCUAGACAGAGUUUGAAGACAAUAUCUAGACAGAGUUUGAAGACAAUAUCUAGACAGAGUUUGAAGACAAUAUCUAGACAGAGUUUGAAGACAAUAUGUAGACAGAGUUUGAAGACAAUAUCUAGACAGAGUUUGAAGACAAUAUCUAGACAGAGUUUGAAGACAAUAUCUAGACAGAGUUUGAAUCUAAGUCAUGCAUGUCAAAAAACUUUCUUACCAGGUCAACUCUUAACAAGAGCUGUGUUUGUGAAACACAAUGCCCCCUACUGCACCGCUUUGAAGCCAUAUAUUUGACCUUGAAGAAUGACCUUGACCUUUCACCACACAAAAUGUGCAGCUCCAUGAGAUACACAUGCAUGCCAAAUAUCAAGUUGCUAUCUUCAAUAUUGCAAAAGUUAUGACCAAGGUUAAGUUUUUGGACAGAAUGACAGACAGGCCAAAAACAAUAUACCCCCGAUCAUUCAAUCUGGAGGGCAUAAAAAACCUUGUUUCCACUCUAGGGGCCAUGUAUAUGACUCAAUCUUUAUGGUACUUGGUCAUAAUGUUUAUCUUUACAAUAUUUAGGCCAAGGUUAUGGGCUUUUAAUAACUUGGUAACCAGGUAAAAUCAUGAAAAAAAUCUUAUGACUCUAGGAGCAACAUUUAUGACCUUAGUUUGAUGAAACUUUGUCAGAAUGCUUAUCUUGAAAUUGUCUAGUCUAAGUUUCAAUCUAGGUCAGGUGCGUCCAAAAACAAGAUCACCAAGUCAAAUCUUUACAAGACCUGUGACAAAGAUCACUCCAGAGGGCACAAAUAAGACUCAAUCUUGAUGAAACUUGGUUUAAAAUUUGAUCUGUAUAAUAUCUUGUUCAUGUAUGAAUCUUUGUCAAGUGGGGUCAAAAAAAGGAGCACCAUAUCAAGUCUACAACGUUUGGUGUUCAUAUAGCCAGGUGUGCAAAUAAGGGCCAUCAUGGUUCUCUUGUUUGCAUGUUGACACAUUUUGAUUGAUAUUUUUCUCACAUAUUGUAUGCCGCUUUGACAUAUUGUAUGCCACUUUGACAUAUUUUAUGGCACUUUGACAUAAUGUAUGCCACUUUUACCUAUUUUCUGUCAAUUGUAAUAUUUUAGACAAUUUAUAAGUCUUUAUAUUUUUGUAUUAAUAGUGAGUAUAUUUCUGUAGAAUACAGUAAUAAUAUGAUUUCUCUCAGAUCUGUGGCAUUAGUUGCAAGUUCAAUCUUGUUAAAUACAUCAGUUUGUACAUUUAUUUCUAUCAUCAUUUUUUGUGUCAUUUGCUGAUGCAUGCUGUACAAAAUUGUAUUGCAUGUUACACCAAUUUUUAUAAAUAUAAGGUUGAAUGCAUACAGUAAUUAAAAAGUUACAAAAGAAUAAUAUUUGAUUUGGUUUACCCAUUUUAUGUGAUAGUCUUUUUACGAGUCUUUCAUGUUUUUCUAAAGUUGUUUAUUUAGAAAAUGUAGUAUCAUAUGUAUAGAUUAUAGUUUGUACUGAAAAAUCCAACUCUGUGUUUAAUAGAUUAUCAAAUAAAUGUAUCCAUGGAGGCUUUGAAGACCUUAUCUAGGUUUGAGCAGACCAGAUACAUUGAUCCUGUAUGGCCUUAACUAUCUAGUGCAUGUUGGGACUGAUUAUAAUGGGAUAUAUGUAAAUUACCUAUAUAACUAUAGAUUUUGAUGGAGUACAGAUUUUGAAGUAUUUUGAAAUACUAGCUUGUAAUUUUGGACUCAAUAUAUGUUGAAUGUUUUCUGUAUAGGGUCAAUCGUGGUAGUAGAGGAUAACAUCCAUCAACAUAAAAUGUACAAUUUAGUUUCUAUGUUUUUAUUACAUUGCUUUCCUUUAUUUUAGAACAUUGUUGGAUGACAUACUGGUAGUUCAGAUUAUUUUGAAUAAAGUGAGCUAUAUGAAAUCACUGCUAGAAUUCAUGCUAAAUUAUACUUUAAUCGCUUCAAUUUGGAUUUGGGUUCAUACCAUAGAAUUAAAUGCAACUUAUUGACAUGGGAAGUCUGUGUAAAAACUGUGCAUGGUUAUACAGGGAUGAACGGUUUUGAAGGAUUGACAUAUUAUUUUGUUGAAUGGAUGAUACCAGAGGAUUAUUAUGUACUACAUACAUUAUUAAAAUAAACAUUCCUGAAAAUAGAAAGAUCACUGAUCAGGUUAGUCCUUGUUAAAAAUUAAUGCGAAAUUGAGACAUUGCAAAAACUAAUGAGUUUGGUAUUAAGCACUUACACGAGUUAGAUCCAUAAGAAUUGUGUACAUGGUUGUUGUUGUUGUUGUUGUUGUAAAAAUACAAAAUAUUAAGGACAAAAAGUGUAUGAACGAUUAUAAACUUUUGUUAAGUGAUGUUUCAAUAGGAAUGUGCGUGUCUUUAAAAUAUAAAGAUGACUGGAUACUAUUAAUUUCUUAUUAUACAGUUAUUUCAUAUAGUGACAUUGUGAACUUUUCUUUAUGAAAAAAAUGCAGUUAACUUUAAUAGUUGUUUGAACCAUAUUUAAAUUUAUUAUAAUUAAUGCAAAGAUUUUGUAAAGGAGCAUCAUCAAAAUUUUCUUCUAAGUUAUUGCAAUCAUUACCUUAUUUCUAUAUUUGGUUUUCUCUGGUCAAUUUCCAUACAAGUGCUAUAGUGCACAAAUUUAUUAUCUUUGAUGAAAUAUUGUGUGCUCUUUAAUUGAUAGAUCAUUAAGAUGACAGUUUUAAUGAUGAAAAAUAAGUUUACUAGAAAUUACGCAACACAUUUGUCAAGUGCCUACCACAACAAUUGUGAGAGUAAUGAACUUUUUUUGGACAUAUUGUUUUUACCCUGUCUGUUUGUUGGUUUGUUUGCGUCAAACUUAAACAAUUUGGCCAUAACUUUUGCAAUAUUGAAGAUAGCAACUUGAUAUUUGUCAUGCAUGUGUAUCUCAUGGAGCUGCACAUUUUGAGUGGUGAAAAGGUCAAGGUCAUCCUUCAAGGUCAAAUAUAUGGGGGGGGGGACAUAGUGUUUCACAAACACAUCUUGUGUGUUCAUAUUAUAAUGUUCUGCAUGUUUUAUUCUUAAAUUAUUUGAUAAUAACAGUAUUUAAUAUUUAAUACUGAUAUGAUUGGCUUAAAGCAAUACUGAAGAACUGUUAUUGAAUAAUAAAUGUACAGUGUUAAAAUAGUUUUGCUCUUAAUAGUCAGAGUUUAAUUUUCAGGCGACCCUUGAAACUAUUUUCAGAUAAUGAGGUCACAAACAAAAAUAAUAUCAGUUUAUUGAAAAAUUGACUUGUUAUGAGUAUAGUGACCUAAUGAUAGCUAAGCCUCUAUUUUACUUGUAGUUUUCAAGUCACAAAUUUCUUUACUGUAUUUUCCUGUGGAAAAUUGAUUGAAUCUCCGUCAUUAGCAAGAAGUGCAUACAUUUAAUAAUUAAAGUAACAACAAGAAAUUUCAAGUUUAUUAGAUUUCCAUUCUUUACAACAUUAGUAAUGCACAUUUUAUUGCAAACGAGCGUGAAAUGAGUGUCUUUAGCUAUGGUAAUCAUCUUUAUAUACAUUUAUAAAAUUUGCCAAGAAAUGAGGGUUAGUUUUAAUUGCUUUCAAACAUAUUUUCAUUAGCGUAAUACAUAUACAAUAGCUUUACAGUGUUGAAUUUUCAUCUUGGCAAACCAAUAUAGGAGCCAAGUGGAAAUAGCACAAAUUACAUCAUCGGAUAGCUUAAUCAAUGGAAUAGGUACAUGUAUAUUGGUGAAACUGGCUUUCCAUUUAGAUGCAUUUAUUCAUGUAUAACAUUGUAAAUGUUUGAAUAUAUGUUUAAUUUUUAAGAUGUUAUUUAACAAAUAUUAAAUUCUUCUUUUUAAUUAGUAAAUUUAACAGCAAAUAGGGCUUUCCAUUUUGAGGUUUGAAUGUAGAUGUAUAUUGACACUUUUGUUCAAAUAAACAUAUUUUUUUAAGUAAUGAAACAUUAUAGGUACAUUAUGAUGUGGCUCAUUGGGUCAUUGUCAACUUGAAAUGGCUUGAAAUCACCCAGGGGUGACUAGAAGCCAAUUAAUGUCAACCUGGGGUGACUUCAAGCCGAUUCUUAUCACCCGGUCGGCUUGAAGUCAUCCCAGGGUGACAUGAAUUGGCUUGAAGUCACCCCAGGGUGACAUGAAUUGGCUUGAAGUCACCCCAGGGUGACAUGAAUUGGCGUGAAGUCACCUUAAGGUGACAAGACAAGAAUCGGCUUCUAGUCUCCCCCGGGUGACUUGUGGGCCAUUUCAGGUCGACAAUGACCCAAUGAGCUAUGAUGUGAGAUACUUUUACAUGUAAUAAUAUCAAUGAUGAACAAAAUCAAGUAUUUUUUCUGUGAUUCCUGAUUUUGUUAAUGUAAACAGAUAUAUAAGUGACUUAAUUUUCAUAUGAUUAACAGAUUAAAUGCAUGUUUAGUAAACAAAUAUUCCGGAUGCAUACAUUUUAUAUGAAGUAUUGUUAUAUUGAACAAAACCAGAGUGUCAAUAAACUUUUCAAAAUUAAACUUAUCAAAUAAAUUGUACACAAAUGUAUCAUAUAAUUUGUAGGAAAACUGAUCACAUGAUAUGUACAUAAAUUGUUUAUAUAUAAUAUGUAUGUAUGUUGUGCCUUGGUGUUCAAUAAAAAUCUUACAGCAGCA